AUGGCAACCGCUUCAAUCGCUGUUGGUGAAUCAAAAAAAGUCAUCAAAGCUCACCCUCCUACUUAUAAUGCAGCUAUUGCUGAUCACGAUAUGGAUGAUAACGUAAGUUUCCAAUCUAUUGAAAAUGAUGACAUACAUCCUUCUACAGAUGAAGAAGCUUCUUAUAUUGAAGCAAAAGAACCAACUGUCGUUAAACAAAAUUGGAGAGCAAUCCUUACAAUGAGUUUUGCAUCACUUGGUGCAAUUUAUGGUGAUUUGGCUACUUCUCCAUUAUAUACUUUAAACUCCAUUAAAUAUUCCUCAUUACCUCCAAGUAAAGAUGAUGUCUAUGGUGCUGUUUCAGUUAUCUUUUAUGUGUUUACUUUCAUUGUCAUUAUUAAAUAUAUUUGUAUUGUUUUGGUAUUUGGUCCAAAUAAUGGUGAAGGUGGUCAGGUGGCUAUCUAUGCUAAGAUUGCUAGACAUUUAAAUAUUGGUCCAAAGGGUGUCACUAUACCUGGUUCCCCUGAAGAGUCUGAUUUAACACUUUUGACUAGACAAGAUACAACUGCUUCUUCGGUUCAAACUACAUUUUCCAGAAUUGAACAAAUCAAACAACAUCCAACUAUAAUUUAUUGCAUUCAAAUAUUUAUCUUAGCUGCAUGUUUCAUUGGUUGUUCAUUGGUUAUUUCAGAUGGGUUAUUAACUCCAACAACUUCCGUCUUAUCGGCUAUUGGUGGUAUUCAAGUUGCCCAACCUUCAUUUACAAAUGUCUUGGCCGUCUCCGAAGUCAUCUUAAUUGCAUUAUUCUUAAUUCAAAGAUUUGGAUCAGCCAAAAUUUCAUUCUUGUUUGCACCUAUUAUUUUUAUCUGGGUCAUUGGUUUGAUCCUUUGUGGGAUUUACAAUAUUGUUAAACAUCAUCCUGGGAUCUUCGCUGCGUUGUCUCCUUACUACGCUAUUAGAUUAUUGAAAAAUGGUGGUAUUGAUGUCUUUGGUGGUGCUAUGUUGUCCAUCACAGGUACUGAAGCCAUGUUUGCUGAUAUUGGACAUUUCGGUAAAUUGCCUAUCCAGAUCUCAAUGGGAUUUUUCUUAUAUCCAGCUUUGAUGUUAUGUUACUUGGGUCAAGGUGCCUACAUGGUUCAACAUCCAGAAUCAUAUGUUAAUCCUUUCUUCAUUUCCCUUCCUGGUGGAACUGGUGGUGGAAUCUAUUGGACUAUGUUUGUUUUGGCUACUUUGGCUACCGUUAUUGCAUCACAAGCUUUAAUCUUGAGUGUCUUCAGUAUUGUUUCUCAAUUAAUCAACUUGGAUUGUUUCCCCAAAUUAAAAAUCACUCAUGUUUCCAGUAGUCAUCAUGGUAAAGUUUAUAUUGGUGCUGUUAAUUGGAUGUUAAUGAUUGGUGUUGCACUUACAAUGGCUGGUUUCAAAAACUCAAACAACGUUACAGCUGCUUAUGGUUUAGGUAUCACUUUGGAUUUAUUUGUCACAUCAACAUUAAUGUUUAUAUGUAUGAUUUACGUUUACAACAUGAACCUUAUAUUCCCAAUAUUAUUUGCAUUGAUAUUUGUCCCAUUGGAAAUGUGUUUGAUUGUCGCCAACAUGAAGAAAGUCCCCCAUGGAGCUUGGUUUCCACUUUUGAUUGCUGGUCUUUUCGCUUCCUUCUUAACCCUUUGGAGAUGGUGUCGUUCCAAAAAGACUGACCAAGAAUAUCAAUCUAAAUUGAAAAUAAGUGACGUCUAUCCUUACUUCUCCCAAAAAGCAAACCCAAUCACCCUUGACCUUAACCCUACCACCAACAACAACGACAAUACUGGAAUCAAACUUCCUGAGAAAAAUGAAGUCGUAACCAAAUUCGGUACCUUGCCAUUGAUCCGUCAUCAAGGGGUCGCUAUUAUGCAUGUUGAUAAUAUGUUCUCCAACUCCCCAAACACAUUACCAUAUCUUUAUGCCAAACUCAUUGCCGAAUUCGGUUCCAUACCGUCGAGAUUUAUCUUUUGUGGUAUAAGAGUUCUUUCUAUCCCAUAUGUCGACAUUGAAGAUCGUGUGCUUAUGGCUCCUAUGAUGAAAUUAGACGGUCAUUAUAAAUGUAUUCUUAGGUUUGGAUAUAUGCAAAACAUCGAGAUUGAUCAAGAAAUGGAAGCUACCAUAUUGGCCAAUUUACCAGGAAACGUAACUAAUUCUGAAAAUCCAUUACCUGUUUUACAUAUUUUUGAAAAUGAUUUGAUUAGAUGUAAGGAAUAUGAAAAGACUAGGAAUUUUGUCAAGAUCUUUGGUAGACUUACGAGAAAGAUGAUUAUUGAUCAUUUUUAUAGUCCAAUUGAUUCAUUAACUAAAGAUCGUGGAAGAAUUGUUAAGCUGACUGAUGAGCAUGAAGAACAAGAGAAGAAGAUAUUUAUUGGAAGUGUUGUUAGAUUGUAA